AUGGCUACUAUUAUCGAUGAUUCUUCAACAGAAAUUAAUAUAGUUAUUAUUGGAGAAACAGGCACCGGUAAAUCAACUUUAAUUAAUUAUUUAACAAAUCUAUUUUAUGAUGGUUCAUUAACAAAUCUUAAAAUAGCUAUACCAACACGUUAUUUAAAAUCUAAUAUGUCAUCAAUAAUGCCUGAACAUCAUGAAAAUUAUUUAAAUGAUAUAACACAUUGUAAAACAAGUCAAUGUACAAAAUAUCAAUUUAAAAUUCAACAAGUUUAUUUUAAUUUUUUUGAUACACCUGGUAUUAAUGAUACAGGUGGUUAUUUAACUGAUAAUGAAAAUCUUAAUAAAAUAUUUGAAUGUAUACAAUCAUUUGAUUAUCUUACAGGAUUAGUACUUAUUUUAAAUGGUACACAAGCACGUUUAACAAUUAAUAUUAAAAAUGUUCUUGAACGUUUUCAUGAUCGUAUACCUGAUAUAUUUUAUUCAAAUAUAAUUCUUAUUUUAACUAAUUGUAAUUCAUAUACAGUUAAUUUUGAAUCAAUUAAAUUUUUAAAUCAUCCACCUAUAUUUUAUAUGCAAAAUUCAGCAUUUUCAUCAGAUCCUCAUCAAUGGUCAGAACAAACUUAUGAAAUUUUACAACAUGAUUGGAAUAUAUCAAUACAAACAUUGAAUGAUUUUAUUAAAACUUUAGUUUUAUUAACACCUAUUUCAACAAAAUCUUUAUUAGAUAUUGAUAAUGAUCGAAAUAUUAUUCGAAGUGUUUUACAUGAAAGUCGUCUUAUGAUUAUGGAAUUACAACAAAUUGAAGAUGAAUUAAUUGCACUUGAACAAGCAUCUAAUAUUUAUUCAGAAAAUAUCGAAAAAUAUACAAUGGAAAAUGGCAUACAAACAAAAACUGUUCUUGUAAAUGAAAUCAUUACAACACCAUACCAUAAUACAAUAUGUUUACAUUGUAACAUAGUUUGUCAUGAACGAUGUUCAUUAAAUGAAACUACACAAAUUGGUGAACAUAUUUUUCAACAUUGUAAAGCUAUGAAUAAUGGUCGAUGUACAGUAUGUCCUAGUAAAUGUUCAUGUGAUAUGCAUUAUCAUGAUCGACGUUUAAUAAAAUCUAUUCCAAGAACAUUAAAAUCUGCUAUAUCAUCAUUAUCAAAUAAAUAUAUGGAAGAAGAAAAAAAUAAAGUAGCAUGUGAAAUAAAAUGUAAAACUAUUCAAGAAACAAAACGUUUAAUUGAACAAUUAUUACAAGAACAAUAUAAUAAAAUACAUGAUGCUUGUAUACGUAUACAAAAUAAUUGUGAAAAUUUUAAUAUUACAGAAGAAUUAUAUACAUUUAUUAAUCUUCUUAAAAAUGAUCUAAAUAAAUUACGAUCAUCAACAGUAAUUUAUAAAGCAAAAAAAUUUAUUGAAAAAUUAGAAAUACUUGCUAAUGAUAGUUCAUUAACGAUAUCUCAACAAUCACAUUCAAAUAUUACUAAAAAGAAAUCAAGAAUAUCAAAAAAAAGAAAUCAAUUACAAUUGACAUCAACAAUACAAAAUGAUGAUUUAAUGUUAAUCGAUCAAUCAUCUACUAUAACACAAGUUGAUUAUAUUCCAACGGAAGUUUUAUUAUUCGAAGAUAAUUUAUUUAAUCGUAUUCAAACUUCUGAACGACAAACAUCAAAUUUUUCAAAUAGUCGAAAAUAUACUAAAUAUACAACAGAACAAUUAAUUGAUUUAACUCGUCAAUCAAUGGAAAAAAAUAUUUUAAUUGCAAAAGAAUUAAAUAGUCGUUGUGAAGCAGCUUCAAUUGGUUAUUUAUCAGCAACACAAUUAUUAACAUUAUGUGAAUAUUAUGCAUCAUGUCGUCUUUUAACAUCAGAUGAACUUACUCGUUUAUAUUCACAAAUUCAAUUAGAAAUACAACAAUCAACUAAUUCGGAUUCAUCAGAAAAUUUUCCUGUGCCAGUAGAUAAAUUAUUAUAUUUAACUGCUAUUAAAUUGUGUUUAGAAAAUGCUGAUAAAUAUCAAUAA